AUGGAUUCAGGACCGUCAACACCGUUACCGUCGUCACAAGCAGAUCUACCCGAUCUACAUGAUGAUAGACUAGAGUUGGCCGACCAUGCAAACACGGAGCAUCUGGAAGAACCAGGAUCCAAAAAACAAAAGACAUCUAGAUCUAGAUCCACGUCAAAUUCAAAUUCAAACUCGGCAGCGGCAGCGGGUCCUCCCAAGAAGCUGAGUGCCGAGGCCUUGAAGCGAAGGCGCGAGAAUCGACAGAGAGCCGCUGCCGUGCUAGCCCAGAACUUGAAAAACUCGGGAGUGGGGCGGUUUGAGCAUGAGAACGGGUUUCGGUUGACUAGUGUCAGGCCCGUGCCCUUGAUCAACCAAAAGAACUACUACACAGAAUACUUGAAGCGGGACGAACAAGUUGCCUUUAUUCGAGAUCGAAGACUUGAACGCGAUUUGGAAAACAAAUUAAAGACGUUGAAGCAGAGCGGACAAUCUAUUGACAAACUCGAGGAAGCUAAAAACUUUGAUGACUUUGAUUUGAACAACAUCGAGACCGAGUUGAAGAAAAAACCCGAAGUUGUCGACGAUGACGAAGACGACGACGAAGAAGAGGACACUGAAGAAGCACGACAGGAAAAGGCCAAGAUUGGAGAAGACGUGAUUGUCAUACAACCGGGGCUGACGUAUAUCCGCAUUGGACGGGCCACCGAUGCCGUGGCCCAAGUAAUACCGAAUGUCAUUGCCGUGAGAAAGAAAACCAAUUGUGACAAGAAUCUAGUUCUACCGACACGAGAAUUCACCGAGGAUAAAGUCAUUCUCGAUGACAAUUUCGAAGAGCAAAAAAUCAUUGUUUCGAAAGAUUUCCGUCAAAGAAUGAGAUAUUACAAGCGUAGAAUCUUGCCCAACUCGCGAGAAACGGUGGCCAACUACAAUCGAAAGCAAGAACCCGAGGCGAUCGAGGAAUAUAACGACCCAGACAAGAAGGAAUGGAUCAGGCCCGACUCUAGAGCAUACUAUACCGGUGAAGAUGCAUUGAGGCUUGUGUUGAAUGACGAAUGGACUUUGCGGUAUCCAAUGUUGAAUGGCAACUUUAACGAGUACUCGAAAGAUUACAACACGAGACACGAGAUUCUUGGCGACUUGUUGAACAUUCUCAACGACGCCUUGACUGGUGUCGACGUGAAAAACAUGAAGGCAAUGCUAAUAAUACCCGAUUUGUACGAUAAGACCUAUGUGGAAUCUUGGUGUGAGCUAUUGUUGAGGUUUGUCGGAUUCGGCAAGAUGGGCGUGAUCCAAGAAGCAGUGGCGGCGACUUUUGGCGCCGGGGCAUCUACAACUUGUAUAGUUGACGUGGGCGCCUACACUACAAAAGUCAGCUGUGUUGAUGAAGGGUUGGUUGUUGCAGACUCAAGGUUGGUUUUAAACUACGGGGGCGAUAAUAUCACCGAGGCCUUUGUCAAGCUAGCCCUAGGCAAUUGGUUCCCUUAUAGGGAGAUCAACUUGGCCAACUCGUAUGAUUGGGAACUUGCCAAGUCACUCAAGGAGAAAUUUACAACUUUCCAAGAUGCCGAUAUCGCGAUUCAAUUGUAUCAUUUCUUCAGAAGAAGCCCCUUUCACCAAACGGAAAAAUACGAAUUUAAAGUCUUUGAUGAAGUCAUGUUGGCGCCCAUGGGGUUAUUUUUCCCCAAAUUUUUGUCAAAGCAGCUGAGCCCCGCGCUCAUGAGUCUGACCAAGCCCAAUAGAAUAACCUUGGAACGGUUAUUUCCCAAAUCCGUCGACCAAUAUAACGGCCAACCCGAUAACCCGAGAAGUAGAGCGCAGGAUAAAUUGAAGAACAAUUUGAAUUACUGCGAUGUUGACGAAACAGGAUUAUUCAUGAGGCUUGUUGACGAUUCGCAAGAAAGCGAAGCAAACGAGUCGCCUUUGCAAAUGCCAUUGGAGAAAGCCAUAAUCGAGUCCAUCACCAAUGCAAGUUUAACUGAUCCGGGCAAGAUGAAAAAGUAUUACGAUAAUAUAUUGGUUGUUGGAGGCGGUCUUGCCAAGACCGAUGGAUACGACUUGAUCCUUGCCGAUAGGAUCAAUAUUUGGCGACCAAGGUAUCUUGGAACUACGUCGUUUGGUUCGAUUAUAUCUUAUCUCAACACCGAAGUCAAGAAAAGCUCGCUACAGAGGCAAAAGUUGAUUGACGAGGCCAAGGGCGAGGAUGAUACCGUGGCCAGCGAUGUGCUCGAUAAGAUUGACGCCGAAUGCGAGUUGCAAUUGGAUCUCGACAAAAUAGACCAAUUAGCCGAAGACGGGACACAUAUUCCGGUGAACAUCUUGCCCACGCCAAGGGAGUUUGAUCCGGCGAUGUUGACUUGGAAAGGCGGUAGUGUUUACAGUCGACUAAAAGUUGUCAACGAAAUGUGGAUCAACCAAAAAGAUUGGGAUUUAUUGGGAAGUAGAAGUUUGUACUACAAGAGUAUCUGUAACUAUUAA